ACUUUCAGAACAAUCAAUUUCCCUUAAGAGAGAGUGGGAGAAGGGCUGGAGUGGAUGUCACAGGACCUGGAUACUCGCAUUUUGAAAUGUUGAAGAUCGGGCUUUGGGGAUAAACCUGUGAAGAGUGUGAGAUCUGGAAUACAACUAACUUGGGGUUUUGAAUUCUCACAAACUUGAGAGGAGAACAGCUGUGAGAAUAAAAGCAGACACACAGGCCAGUCCUGAUGGCAGGCGCUUGGGGGUCAGCCUGCACUGGACUCUGGCUCUAGCAGCCCAUUGGGCCCUCACUUCAACUCUGAACAUUUCACAGCAGGACGAGUGCCCAUGAGGUCGUUGACGCUGGCCCUGCUCGUCCUGAUUAGCAUCCAGGCUGCACUCAUCAUGGGAGGCCACACCCAGGCGCAGGGGCCAGCCAAUCAGCACGCAGCAGCACGACACUCCCCUAGGCCUCACGGCCAAUCCAAGCAGGACUCGCAUUAUGAAGACCAAAUCCCCACCGUGGACCCCAAACUCUUCAACAAGCGACGCUACCGCUCACCACGCGUGCUGUUCAGCGAGGUGGCCCCUACGGAAAAUGAAACUGGAGGCCCCAAACGUCCACGUGUCCGGCGGAAGGCUAACGACUUCUUGCAUCGUGGCGAGUACUCUGUGUGCGACAGCGAAGAGCACUGGGUCGACAACCUGACCCGUGCCACAGACUUAGCGGGCAAUGAAGUCACAGUGCUGCCACACGUUCGUAUCAACAACAUUGUGAAGAAGCAAUUCUUCUAUGAGACCACGUGCCGCGUGUCGAAACCCGUCGGCGCCCCCAAGCCAGGUCAAGGAGCCAGUGGCGUUAAAGCUGGAACCUCUAGCUGUCGUGGGAUUGACAACCGGCACUGGAACUCGUAUUGCACCAACACGCACACGUAUGUGCGUGCGCUAACAACCUACAAAAACCAGAUCGCCUGGAGGUUCAUCCGAAUCAACGCCGCUUGCGUGUGCGUGCUCAGCCGCAACUCAUGGAGGCAUUGAGUGAUGCAUUGACUGGUGACUCAGCCAACCCACUGCAGCCUCCUGUCGCAAGCCCCUCCCACCCAUCAAUGACAACAGCCGUUCUGGUGAUUGAGACCCUGCCCCUUUUCUGUUCUGCUCAUGACAUCACAACCCACUCCCCUCCUACCCUACCUCACUCUGUAAAUUAUUGGUUGUUUAAGUUAUGAGGACUGCAUGACAUAUUUAUAUAGUUUAUACGAUCAGAAUAUAAAUAUAAAUAUAUAUAUAUAUAUAUAUAUAUGUGUAUAUACAGUAUACAUAAAGCAAGCUUUUGUUGUGUUGUUGAUGCUCUUAUUUAUUAAACACCUCACUACAGUAUGUCAAUGCAAGACUGCUUCUGUCGUAAUCUCAUUCAAUGAUCAUUUGAACUUAUUUUCUGAACCAAAGCAGUUAGCCUAACUAUUCUACGAGAUGCAGAUUUCUUAUGAAUUUGUAUGAAAAAGCAUGAAGGUCCAUUUUGCGCAAAUGUACAAAUGAGAUUAUGCAAAUUUAUAUGAAUUGGCCACCAAUUCAUCAAAACGUAAAAAUAGUUCAGAAUUACUAUGAGAUUGUGAUGGAUAUGGAAGCUUGUUUCCGUUAUAGAAUAAAACAGUUAAAAAGAUAAUUGUCACUUUCUAACAAUCCAGACUUCUUUUUGUCAGAAUUGCAAGAUUAUAUUUCGCAAUUCUGACUUUUUUUUUGCAGUUGAGUUCUCACAAAUCUGAAUUUAGAAUUGCGAGACCAUCAAGUCACUAUUGCGAGAAAAAAAGUCUGAAUUGGGAGAUAAAAAGUCUAUUUCAGUGGCGGAAGAAAGUUUCCAUAGUUUGAAGAGUUGCAUACAGAAUCAAUUUAACCUUCAUUUUGUGAAUAACAAGUCUUGAGUGUGCUAUUUAUUUUCAGUUUUUAUAAAUGUUAUACUUUUUAUUAAAUCUAUGAUUAAAGAUUAAAGUGUUGGAGUGU